AUUGCCCACCCUCCGCACCCCGCAUCUCCCCUAGCCCCAUCUAGCUGUAUAGGCCCACUCCCAACGUAGUGACCGGAGGUGGUGAAGCUAUAGCCCAGCAAGCCCCAAACAGAUGCCGCUUGUGGAGGGUGCCCCUGCCUGCCUGGGAGUAUGGUGACACAUGUGUCAUGGGUCCUUCCGUCUGUCAUCUGUAGUGUGUGUAUGUAUGACUAAAAUGCGCAUCUCUGUGGGUGACUGGAGAUCCGUAUGUAGCUGUGGCCUUGGCUGCUGUGGUUGUCUGAAAACUGCUUAUGUGACUGAAGUAUGAGCGGAACUGGACAUGCAUUUCUGUGUAGGUUUAAGAGAUGUCUGUGGAAGAUGAGUGGGCUCUUCUUCACAUGUUACCAGCUUUUCCCAUUUUCGGUCUUAAGUGGUCUCAGCGUGCCCCAACCCACUACAGGCAGAGCCCCCACCCCUUGUAGGUGGCACUCUGAACAGCCCUCAGCCCUGGCUGCUCAAAGGCCUGCCAAAUUGCAUUCCUAGAUUGUCCAUUGCAAUCCUACCUCAGCCUGCACAUGUGAGAGGAGGAGAUGGGGCAGGGUGGGAAGGAUGGUGGGUGGUCAUCAAGGGGCACUUUGAGGCAGAGCCUGCUUUCCCUAGGCCUAUCAAAAUCUCAGGGGCACAGGAGGAGAUCCUGCCCCUUGUCACUCCUUGUCUCAGUCUUGAACUUGUUCUUCCACUAGGACAGUCCCCUACCUGCCACACAUAAACAUCCUAUACCUCAGAGCCAGCUUCUACCCACUGCCAGCCCAAGAGUAAGCCUAAUCCUCCCCCUCAGCCUGCCGGGGUCAUCUUGGCUUCCGUGCAGCUGCACCUUGAAUAGAGUGGCCAGGAAGGGCCUCUGCCCAGAACCCCACCCUGCUUAGGCCCAGGUAGCCUCUAGGCUCUCCUGAAGGUAGAAUGCUUCUCAGAGCAGGCAGAACUACAUUGUCUUGGUGACAUCACAUACACAGUUAAUGCCAUUGCUAUAAUUCAACAGAAUGCCUCCCAUUGUGGAUCUACACAAGAGCUUUGUGACCCAUGUGGAGCACAUUUUUACUGUAGGCAUCCAUGGGGACUGAGGCACAGGGACAUCAAGGGAGUUGCUUCAGGCUGAGUGUCUACCAGAUGCCUCUUGUGCUGGCAAGGUGCUGGAACAAGAAAGUGACAAAGGCGACCAACCCCUCCAACACCACCACCAUCAAGGGCUUUCAGGUGAUUGGGAAGUACAGGUAUAGGGGCAUGUCUAAAAAAGUGUAUAGGCAUCCUGGUCUCUCUCAGAAGCCCCGUGUCUCUGCUAUACCUGUGCCCUUUCCCACAGCUAUGUAGGAAACCACCUGUGCAGAAUUGUGCCUCUCUGUAAGGGCUGGCAGAAUAAAACAGGGGAGGAGGCACUGGGCCAUAUAAGAGGGGCUUUAGUUCAGGGCUCACUUGAAGGAAGCUGGGGCAGGGGCAGAUGCCUGAUCUGGUUAAUAUCAGGCAGAAACAACCUAGGAAGGGAAACUGUGUAGCUGGACUGUGUUGGGUGUGUCAGCAUUACUUCCUCCUGCUUGGGCUCCAGCAGUGAGGGCAGCCUGAAUGCUGUCCUGGAGACUUAUAUGUGCAGUUGUUGCGAACUGAGGAUAGAAAGAAUCUACAACCUCUUCUCAGGAGAUCAAAGUGUAGCAUCUACUAGUGAGCAUGUGAAUAUGUGCUGGUAGGUGCAUUCCAGGGGCUGUGCAGCAAGAGGGAGUCUUAGAGCACCCACUUCUCCAGGAUCAAAACUACAAAGCUUAAGCAAAAAGUUCUGUUACCUGCUGGAUCCAAACCUCAGUUUAUCCAAGAAGUUCCAUUGUCUCAGUAACUCAUCACUCAAAACAUACAAAUCUUCAUAAUGCACAUAUGUGCCUAUGGUCACACAGGCUCUGUCAUAAUGCUCAUGCUUGCUGGUGGUCACACGCUCUCUGUCCUGAUGCUCACGCUCAUCUGUGCCCUCUGUCCUAUUGCUCAACUCACUAGUGGUCAAACAUGCCCUCUAUUCUGAUAUUACUCAUCCAUAGUCACAUGGACCCUCAGUCCUGAUGCUUAAGUCACUUGUGGUCACACAUACCCUCUGUUCUGAUGCUCAUACUAACCCAUGGUCACUGCCCCUGAAUGGGGACAUUAACCUGCAGCCUGCAUUCUCAUUGGUUCAUAUAGACCACCUUUGAGUACUCUGCUUCUUUUUUGUCCUCAGGCCAGACCCCCAGGCCUGGUGUGGUGGCCUGCUUGUGUACAUUGUGCACUGCAAGUUGCCCCAUCAAGUGCCUGCACCCUACAUGCAGCAGGCUGGCUCUUCUCAUGUGGCCUCGCUGAAUCCUCUUAUCUUACCCUGUCUCUAUUGCAGUCAGGAGCUCUUGAUCCUGGGGCCAGGCAUCUCUGCAGAAGAAGGGCCUAUACUCAUCAGCAAUGGCAGUGUGGUCUGUGCUGAAGCACUCUGGGACCAUGUCACCAUGGAUAACCAGGAACUGGGCUUCAAAGCUGGGGAUGCCAUUGAAGUAAUGGAUGCCACCAACAGAGAGUGGUGGUAGGGCCAUGUCACUGAUGGGGAGGGCUGGUUUCCAGCUAGCUUCGUGUGGCUGUGGGUGAACCAGGAUGAGCCCUGGGACAAGGCAGGCAAUGGUGGAGCUGAGGCUCGAAGUAGCAGCAGGAACCAGAUGCACACAGUCAUCAACGAGAUCCUCAGCAGGGAGUGGGACUAUAUCAAGCACCUACGGGAUAGCUGCGAGGGCUACAUCAGGCAGUGUCACAAACGCACCAACAUGUUCAGUGAGGAGCAGCUACGCACCAUCUUUGGGAACAUCGAGGACAUCUACGGGUGCCAUAAGGCCUUCGUGAAGGCACUGGAGCAGAAGUUCAACACGGAGUGCCCCCACCUGAGCGAGCUGGGUGCCUGCUUCCUAGAGCACAUGACAAACUUCCAGAUUUACUCAGAGUAUUCCAACAACCAUCCCAACGCAAGCAUGGAGCUCUCCUGGCUCACCAAGCUCAGCCAGUACAUGUAUUUCCGUGAGGCCUGCUGGCUGCUGCAAAAGAUGACUGACAUCUCCCUCAAUAGCUUCCUGCUGAUCCCAGUGCAGAAGAUCUGCAAGUACCCACUGCAGUUGGCCAAGCUGCUCAAGUAUACCCACCCCCAGCACAGGUAUUUCAAGGAUGUGGAAGCUGCUUUACAUGCCAUGAAGGAUGUGGCCCAGCUAAUCAACGAAUGGAAAUGGAGACUUGAAAACAUCAACAAGAUUACUCAGGGGCAGAGCUCCAUAGAGGACUGGGAGCUCGUGGCUCUCUUUGCGGUCUCUCACGGGGAAGAUCUCCUGGCCAGGAGCUCCGAACUCAUCUACUCAGGGAAGCUGAUUCGAGUUACACAGCCACAAGCCAAGAGCCAGCAGAGGAUGUUUUUUCUCUUUGACCACCAACUCAUCUACUGUAAGAAGGACCUUCUACACCAGGAUGUGCUGUAUUAUAAGGGCCGAGUCGAAAUGGAUAGCUUAGAGGUAGUGGAUCUAGAGUACUGGAAGGAUAAAGACCUCCACAUGAGCAUCAAGAAUGCCUUCCAGCUGUACUAUGGAACCAUGGGAGAGAGCUACCUGCUGUGUGCCAGGAAGCCUGAGAAGCAGUGCUGGCUCAAAGCCUUUGCCAAGGAGAGGGAGCAGGUGUGGCUGGACCAGAAGACAGGCUUCUCCAUCACUAAGCUGCAAAGGGAGCAAGCCAUGCUGAAUGCCAGCAAGCAGCAGGCACUUGGGAAGCCCAAAGCCCUCAGACAGCCCUACUAUCUGAUGCACCAAGAGCACCUGACAUUGCUAACCAGCCUGCCCCAGCAACAGGUCUUGGUGCUGGAAGAGCCCAAGUAGAAGCCAUCCACCUUCUUGUAUAGCAUUAGCGGCUGGCGCCCUUCCCCAAGUGAGCCUAUUCCCCGCCAACAGCACUGUCUUGGCCUGCUCUGCCAGCUAGUCUCCAGCUUUCCCUCCCCAAGGUUCACCCAUGGCUUCCGGCCCUCCUCUGCCUACUCUGCAAACUGGAAGUGAGCAGGGCUGAGCAAGGAAAUGGCUUGGUGUCACCAGUUCGUACCAGGCUCUGCACCUAUUCUUGGUUCUUCCUCACUACUGAUGCACUACAUACACAAGCUGGAGGGGCAGGAGCCCCACAGCACAGGAACCUCCCGCCACCCUCCUUACCUUUGUGGGGCCUCCUGGAAACUACAGCUGAGAACCAUCAGCAAGAUGGACAUGUGUAAAAGGACUGACUACUUUAGACUCUCUUCUUCAUACAUCUAAUCAUUCCUCCUCCUGUUUUCUCUGGGCAGGAGGAGACUGUCUGCCUUCCACCACUUGGAAAACUGGGCUGUGUGCCCCUCUGCCCUCCAAUUCUCCUUGCAGGCCUCCAGCUGAUGGUGCCAGGCAGCUGACAUCUCUGGAGGGUGGGAACCGGGUAUUCUGCAUAUGACCACACCUGGCCCCAGAGCCCAUCCAUUUUGUCUCCCAGUUCCUCUCUAGACACUCUCUUCACUUGUAAUGUGUUUAUAAUCAACUGCAAACUUCCAUCAGGGUAUGUCCACAUGUAGCUGUGUGUUGACUCCAGAACCUGGUUCCAGUUUUUUUGUUUGGAUUUUGUUUUUCAAAAUGGAGAAAAAGAAUUGUUAGUGACACAGGAAGAUUGCCUUACCCUAAGUAAGCAUGAGAAGUGAUAAGGACUGAGUUCUAUAGCCCAGCAUGCAGGACUGACCUGUCCACCCAGAAGCCAGUGAGUAUGUGGAUUGGAGGGGGAAGCCUACAUCCCACCCCAAGGAAGGGUGCCCAUGAGUACAUCCAGGGCCUGGCUUGUGGGUGCAAAGUGCCAAGCAGCCCCUCUGGCCCAUGGGAAUUCAGCAGCAUGUAGUCACUUGCACUACUCUACCUUCUCCAAGCCAAACACUACAUUUAAUUUCAUAAAAAAAAACUUGUAAAAAAUAAACUGGCUGCCAGCCCUUGUUUUCUAUGGAUGUGUAUGCAUUUUCUCCUCUGUAUGCCUACCUUUCCUUAACCUGGAGUAAAUAAUCCCAGUAGCACCCAGAAUUGGGAGUAGGGCCUCACCCAGUUGAGCUCAUGCCUCACGGUUUUAGUGAAAAGAGGCUAAAGUGGCUAGGCUAACUGCUUGAAGGAGGCUCAGGGCCACUGGGAGCUGUCCAAGUGAGGUAUGGCUGGCUCAGCCCCUCUCUCCCCUUAGGGCCUAGAAGCCCACUCCCUCCCUGACUGCUCUCAGAGUUUAUAUUUAGCUGAAAUUAGCAAAUGUGUUCGGGGAACAGGCAGUCCAUAAUCUUUCUGUGUCUCAGCAUCUUCCUUAGUGAAAGGGGGAAGAAUGUGUCUUCCCAGGAGGACCUGAGCUACAGGACCAGAAGAAGAGGCAUGAGGGUGGCUUUCCUCCCCCUUCCCACCUAGGGAAACAGUCCUCACAACCUGUGGCCUCCACAAACCCUUACACACUGCCAAGGUCAAGAGUACCUGGGAAGCAGCUGAGCACUACAGGGCUUUUGCUCGAAACCACUGGAUUUCCAAACUUUAGAGAAACUACAACACCUCCCAGGCAGGUAAACCACCUUGAG